AUGCCUCUCGUCGUCCCCGGAAUCAACAACACCUCUGGUGGUGCCAGCCAAGAGGAAUGGCUCAACAAGCUGGCAGGCAAGAAGCUCACUGAGUCGUCGAGUGAUGUGACUUCAUUUGCGAAGAAGGACCUCCCCCAGCAACACCGUGUGCUCAAGCCUGGUGAUGCUAAGACAAUGGACAUGAGGCCAGAGCGGAUGAACAUCCACUUGGGUGACGAUGACACUGUUCAUGAUGUGACCUUUGGCUAGAGGGUGAUACUUGAUGUCUGGAUUACGACUUUUAAAGAUGUGAUGUGACUUGUUACGAUAUUAUGGGACGAUACUUUAUGUACUAUUCUGAGAGGGAUCUAUUGAAAUAAUGUUGUUCGUUAUAGUGUGGCAUUCUGUCAUCUGCUUGAAUGAUGUAGUCUUCCAUUCUACCGAAGCACCAACAUACUGUGAUGUGAACCGAAGAACAUUAUAGCAUUCUAUCAGACGGCACGGUGCAACCUAUCUCUUUAGUAAACUUCAACAAUAGCCAUUUACUCUAGCUUCCAUCUCAG